AUGGAAGCGAUACAGUUAUUGGUCCAAGACGACUUUAAUCAAGUCUGCAACAAGGAGGGUCACGGUAGAAGAAUAAGGCGUGUUUUCAAUUUCAUAAACCGUGAAACCAUGUGCACCAGAUGUGGAACAAAUAAUCAAGAGUUUUUUGACUGUUCAUCUAUACAGAGAAAAAGCGUAGAAAACAAGAUGUUGAUUCAACUCCAAUCGAAUCAUGAUGAGGACGUCUGCCAAGUGGAUAACUUCUGCUCCCUCGGUUGCAAAGUAGAGCAUGUAAUGAGCAACUCUGGUGUCAAAAAGAAGAGAACAGGAGGAAGAAAGAGAGGAGAGGUCUCCAUAUUUCAUCGGUUUUUUGGGAUGAUGCUUAUGACAAGGAAACCUAGGUCUCAAGGGCGAAGAAGAAGAAGAUAUAGGCCUCUCGACGGACAACUCCCUCCUAAGAAGAGGAACAGAGGAGGCUAG